UUCUGUGCCGCGUAGAAAGUUCUUUAUCUACAACCCCGCAAUGGUAAGGGUUUGCUGUUACUUUUGUCUCUGCAUCUCUUUUCAAAACUUCUAACAUUAAUCCAAAGCAAGAAGAUCACCACGAGAGAGAGAGAGAGUUUACUGUGAGAGAUGGGGAGAGGUAAGAUUGAGAUCAAGAGAAUUGAGAACUCAAGCAACAGGCAAGUGACCUACUCCAAGAGGAAGAGUGGGAUCCUGAAGAAGGCGAAGGAAAUUACUGUUCUAUGCGAUGCCCAAGUUUCCCUUAUUAUCUUUGCUGCAUCUGGAAAGAUGCAUGAAUACAUCAGCCCUUCAACCACGUUGAUCGACAUCCUAGAAAGAUAUCACAAAACGUCUGGAAAGAGGCUCUGGGACGCUAAGCAUGAGGACUUAAACAACGAAAUUGAUAGGCUCAAGAAAGAGAACGACAACAUGCAGAUUGAGCUCAGGCACUUGAAGGGAGAGGAUGUGAACACGCUUAAUUACAAGGAGCUGAUGGCCUUAGAGGACGCCUUAGAAUGUGGCCUCGCUGGUAUACGCGAGAGACAGAUGGAGAUUUACAGGGCAUGCAGAAGAAAUGGCAAGAUCUUGGAGGAAGAGAACAGGGAGCUCAACUUUAUACUGCAACAACGUCUGGCAAUGGAAGGAGCGAGAGAAUUGGAGAAUGGGUUUGAUCAGAGCGUGAGGGAGUUCCAUUCACAACUGCCAUUCGCCUUCCGUGUGCAGCCUAUGCAGCCAAAUCUUCACGAGAGGAUGUGAGUCUGCCUCCUGCUACCAUAUAUAUAUCUCAGAGUUUCUGCAUUAGCUGUCACAUGCAUGCAAGCUCUUCAGUAGUCUUCAAUAUAAUUAUGAACUAGCUACUACGUUAUCUAGGGUUGGUGUGUGCUCUUAACUGAAUAAAAUGAGCCAAACUUCGACAUCUGAGUCAUGUUCUACUGUCAUUUUGAGUGCUUUUACAAUCUGGGUGGAUAUACGGUUACACCAAUAUAUAUACUAGCAUUGCUGCUGCGGCUAUGCAUGGACUAGACAAAUAUAUGCUAUACA